UGUACAUUUUCUCCGACAUCUGUCCCUGUGUUGGUGCGGCUUGUAUUCUGCUGGCUGUGCAGCGCCUGUUUUACGGUAGAAGGUGGGUGCUGACAGUCAGCUCCAACUCCAACUCCAGCUCCAGCUCCUCCGUUCGGCGCUCGCUGAUCCCGAGGACUGGACUGAGAUGGCGGCAAACAGGCCUUAUCAAUUCAUCGUGUUCGGCGCCUCCGGCUUCACCGGACAGUACGUGGUGGAGGAGGUAGCCCGGGUGGCAUCUGCCACAGUGGGGCUGCAGGAUCUAACGUGGGCCAUCGCCGGUAGGAACCGAAGCAAACUGGAGCAAGCACUGGAGCGAGCAGCGGUCGCCCUGGGAACUCCAGAAAUCAAGUCUAAAGAAUGCAUAAUUUGUGAUUUAAAUGAUUUAUCCACACUUACUGCCAUGUGCCAGCAGGGAUCCAUUAUCCUCAAUUGUGUAGGACCUUACAGGUUUUUUGGAGAGAUGGUGGUGAAGGCCUGUAUUGAAAAUGGAACUCACUGUAUCGACAUUAGUGGUGAACCUCAGUUUUUAGAAACCAUGCAACUAAAAUAUGAUGCAACAGCUGCUGAAAAAGGAGUAUAUGUGGUUGGAAGCUGUGGAUUUGAUUCUAUUCCAGCAGAUAUGGGUGUACUUUUCACCAGGGACCAGUUGAAAGGUACUCUGACUGCUGUGGAUAGCUUUGUGAUGUUGAAGACAGGACCACAGGGUGCCAGGUUUCACGAUGGAACUUGGAAGUCAGCAAUUCAUGGAAUGUCUGAUCGAAGUAACCUGAAGAAACUAAGAAGACAGUUUGAAUUUAAACCUCUUCCGGUUAUUGGGACCAAACUAAAACGCAGGGGUGGAGCAUUUUAUAGUAACAAAAUAAAUCAAUAUGCUAUUCCAUUCCUGGGGUCUGAUGCCUCGGUAGUCAAACGCACACAGCGGUACCUGUAUGAGAACUUGCAAGAAAGUCCUGUCCAGUAUGGUGCAUAUGCAUCUUUGGGUGGAAUUGGGUCAGUCAUUCUGAUGAUCGUAACUGGAUUCUUCUUCUGGUGUUUCACAAAGUGUAACUUUGGAAGGAAACUUAUGAUCAAAUAUCCAGCGUUUUUCUCAUGUGGAUAUUUUACAAAGAACGGGCCAACCAAAGCGCAGAUAGAAGAGACCUCUUUCACCAUGACUUUCUUUGGUGAGGGAUAUCAGGAAGGUCAAGAUCCUAAAAAAGGCAAUCCUUCAGUGAAAAUCUGCACCCAGGUGAUGGGGCCAGAACCUGGCUAUGUUGCUACCCCGAUGGCUAUGGUGCAGGCCGCUAUCACAAUACUCUGGGAACAAAAGUUGUUGCCGAAGCGGGGUGGGGUUUUCACACCUGGAGCAAUAUUCUCAAAGACUACACUCACUGAAAGACUGAAUAAGCGUGGCAUUGAGUUCACUGUCAUCAGCAGGCCUGAAGCAUAAUUGUUCCAUGCAUUUGAAGCACAACAUAUUGCAAGAACAGUCCUGCUUUCACCCCAAUGACAAGCUUGCACUCAGUAAGAAACCUUUAUUUAACCAAUUCUAGCAGCAAUUUAUUUGCCCAUAUUGCAGUAUAACUAUCAAAAGGAAUAAAUGAUUUCAGAGACUUGUUCUCAAGGGUACUGAAAAAAAACUAUUUUUGUGUUCAUUUCUAAUGGAAAUUAAACAUGUUGAUUAUAACACACUAAA